GGGGUGUGCGCGUGCUGCCUCCAGCCUCAAGCCUCCUCGCUCUCUGUCACAUGGUGAUCGCGCUGCGGAGCGGACGGUGCGGAGACCAGGCUGCCUCAUGCUGCGCUCUCUGCUGUAGGGAGCGAGUCGAAGCCAGAGAGGAAGAGAAGGACUCAUCACCCCUCCAUCGAUCCCUCAUCCAUCCACACACUCACCCUGCCACCCAGUCUCACUCAGUCAUCCAUCCAUCGCGGGCGCGGAUUCCGGAGGACCUUAAACCACCACCCAUGUUCGGGAACGAGGGACCGGCCGCGCUGCUGCUCUGGCUCCUGGCGCCUCUGCAGAUCUCCGCGGAGGGCCGAGGGACCCCAUUGUGCCAACCUGGAUUUUCAGAAGACAUCUAUGAGGCGGAGCUCUCCGAGGAUGUUGUCGAGGGAAAGCCCGUCGCUCACGUGAAGUUUGUCGACUGCGGCAGACGAGACCACGUGCGCUUGAGGAGCAGCGACCCUGAGGAUUUUCGAAUAGAGGGCGACGGGCUGCUCUACGCUGCCAGAAGUUUGCGUGCCUCCUCGGCCCGUCGUACCACGGUAGUGAUCCACGCGCAGGAUGUCGAGACACGGGAACGAUGGCACACACAGGUGCAGCUCACGUCCCCGGCCCAGUUGAGGCAGCAGGCGAAGGACACCCCGACGGCAGCCCAGACGGUGCGGGAGAUUGUGUUCCUGGGGCAGCGCUCGAACAGCGGAGGAGCCCUGAAGCGUCGCAGAAGAGACUGGGUCAUCCCCUCCAUCAACGUGCCAGAGAAUUCCAGGGGGCCCUUUCCGUCCGAGCUUGUCAGAAUCCGUUCUGAUCAUGACAAGACCCGCUCUCUGCGGUACAGCGUCACGGGUCCUGGUGCAGACCAGGCGCCCACCGGCAUCUUUGUGAUCAAUGCCAUUUCGGGAGAGCUAUCUGUGAUGAAACCGCUGGACCGUGAGCAGAUACCCAGCUUCCACCUGAGGGCCCACGCUGUGGACCUGAAUGGAAACCAGGUGGAGAACCCCAUCGACAUUUCCAUCAACGUGAUCGACAUGAACGACAACCGGCCUGAGUUUGUGCACCAAAUCUGGAACGGCACGGUUCCAGAAGGAUCCAAGCCUGGAACCCUCGUGAUGACUGUCACGGCAAUCGAUCGGGAUGACCCGAGAACGGCCAACGGGAUGCUACGAUACAAGAUCUUGGCACAGACGCCAGAGAGCCCCACGUCCAACAUGUUCACCAUCAACAACCAAACCGGAGGCAUCAUCACUGUUGCAGCGGGGCUCGACAGAGAGAAAGUUCCACAGUACACCUUAAUUAUUCAAGCAACUGACAUGGAAGGGAACGCCAUGUACGGCCUAUCGAACACAGCCACGGCCAUCAUCAGGGUGACAGACGUCAACGACAACCCUCCUGAGUUCACCACUGACACCUUCUACGGGGAGGUGCCUGAGAAUCGGGUGAGCAUCAUCGUCGCCAACUUGUCUGUGACGGAUAAGGACCAGCCCAACACCCCUGCUUGGAAUGCUGUGUAUAAAAUCAUUGGCGGGGACCCCACAGGCAGGUUCGCGGUCCCCACAGACCCUGCCUCCAACAAGGGUUUAGUUACUGUCAUCAAGCCGAUUGAUUAUGAGAUCAGCCGGUCGUACGUGCUAACCGUGGUGGCGGAGAACGAUGCCCCCCUGGCCACAACCAUGCAUCUCCCCCGUCAGUCCACCGCGACGGUCUCUAUUAAGGUCAUCGACGUCAAUGAGAGCCCCUAUUUCGAGCCCAACCCAAAACUGAUGCGUCUUGAGGAGGGCAUGCCGGCAGAAUCGAUGCUCACCGUCUUCACAGCUCAAGACCCCGACCGCUUCAUGCAGCAGACAAUCAGAUACUCUAAGCUCUCAGACCCGGCCGGCUGGCUGAGGGUCGACCCCGCUAAUGGUCAGAUUUCUACUAUUGCCAUGCUGGACAGAGAGUCACCGUAUGUCCAGAACAAUUUGUACAAUGCUACGUUCCUGGCCUCAGACAGCGGCAUCCCCCCUGCCAGCGGCACGGGCACAUUACAGAUCCUGCUGAUGGACAUCAACGACAAUGCCCCACACGUAUUCCCCCACGAGGCCGAAGUGUGUGAGCGGCCGGAGCCUAAUGCCAUUAACAUCACGGCUGUAGAUCGGGACAUCCACCCCAACGCAGGGCCGUUUGCGUUUGAACUUGGCAGCAGGCCCUUGGAUGUGAGGAGGAACUGGACCCUCACACGUCUCACAGGUGAAUACGCCCAACUCAGCCUGAAAAUCGGCUACCUGGAGAGUGGGAUCUAUGAGGUCCCCAUCAUCAUUACGGACUCGGGGAAUCUGCCAAUGUCCAAUACCUCAUACCUACGGGUCAAGGUGUGCCAGUGUGAUCACAACGGCGACUGUGUGGACAUGGAGCGCAUUGUGGCCGCUGGUCUGGGGACGGGCGCCAUUAUUGCCAUCUUGCUCUGCAUCAUCAUCCUGCUCAUUCUAGUACUGCUUUUUGUGGUGUGGAUGAAGCGCCGGGACAAGGAGAGGCAGGCCAAACAGCUGCUCAUUGACCCCGAAGAUGACGUGCGUGACAACAUCCUCAAGUACGAUGAGGAAGGGGGUGGUGAGGAGGACCAGGACUAUGACCUGAGCCAGCUACAGCAGCCAGAUACGGUGGAGCCGGACACCAUCAAGCCGGUCGGAAUCAGGCGCCUGGAUGAGCGGCCAAUCCACCCAGAACCCCAGUAUCCGGUCAGGUCGGUCGCACCACACCCAGGCGACAUUGGUGACUUCAUCAAUGAGGGACUCAAGGCUGCUGACAACGACCCAACGGCUCCUCCUUACGACUCCCUGCUGGUGUUUGACUAUGAGGGCAGCGGCUCCACGGCAGGGUCCCUCAGCUCGCUCAACUCUUCCAGCAGUGGGGGUGACCAGGACUACGAUUACCUUAACGAGUGGGGGCCCCGGUUUAGGAAGCUCGCCGACAUGUAUGGAGGCAGCGAUGACUAACUGGGGAAAAAACGAGUAAACAAAAAAACAAAGCGACAUCUUUUCUUUUUGUGGGACAUGGACAGCUUUAAAAA